AGGGCCUCCCAGGCAGGCCAGGGGAAGAGGCUGCUGUGUCUUGGGGACUAAAGCAGAAGGGUCCGCAGAAGCAAGCGCCCCUCGAGAUGACUCCUGCCGGCGUGAGUCUGGCGGCCGCUGUCCUUUGCCUCUGGAGCUGGGCCGGCCUGGCUGCCGGGGACCGGGUGUACAUACACCCCUUCCACCUCCUCGUCUACAGCAAGAGCAGCUGUGACCAGCUGGAGAAAUCCAAUGCGGAGACACCCAACGACCCGACCUUCAUCCCCGUCCCGAUUCAGGCCAAGACAUCCCCUGUGAACGAGGAGGCCCUGCGGCAGCAGCUGGUGGUGGCCGCCCAGAAGCUGGAGGCGGAAGACAAGUUGAGGGCGGCCGAGGUGGGCAUGCUGCUCAACUUCAUGGGCUUCCGCAUGUACAAGGUGCUGAGCGAGACCUGGAGCAAGGCCGCGGGGGCAGUGCUCUCCCCCACAGCUCUCUUCGGCACCCUGGCCUCUUUCUACCUGGGAGCCUCGGACCCCACGGCCAGCAGCCUGCAGGUGUUCCUGGGGGUCCCUGGGGAGAUCAAGGGCUGCACUUCCAGGCUGGAUGGCCACAAGGUCCUCUCGGCUCUGCAGACCAUCCAGGGCCUCCUGGUCGCCCAGGGCGGGGCUCAGGGCCAGGCCAGACUGCUCCUGUCCACCGUGGUGGGGCUGUUCACAGCUCCGGGACUGCGCCUGAAGCAGCCGUUUGUGCUGGGCUUGGCUCCCUUCGCCCCUGUCACCCUCCCACGCUCUCUAGACUUGGCCAUGGACCCCGAUCUCGCGGCUGAGAAGAUCAACAGGUUCGUGCAGGCGGUGACAGGGUGGAAAAUGAACAGGCCCUUGACGGCUGUCAGUCCAGACAGCACCCUGCUCUUCAACACAUAUGUCCACUUCCAAGGAAAGAUGAAAGGAUUUUCCCGGCUGGCUGGACUCCAGGACUUCUGGGUGGAUAACACCACCUCAGUGGCAGUCCCCAUGCUCUCGGGCACGGGCACCUUCCGGCACUGGAACGAUGCCCAGAACAACCUGUCUGUGACCCGCGUGCCACUCAGCGAGAAUGCCUGCCUGCUGCUGAUCCAGCCGCACUGCCCCUCCGACCUGCGGAAGGUGGAGGCCCUCACUUUCCAGCACGACUUCCUGAUGUGGAUGAAGAACCUGUCUCCCCAGGUCAUCCGCUUGACCAUCCCCCAGUUGGUGCUGCGAGGGUCCUAUGACCUACAGGAUCUGCUCACCCAGUCCAAGCUGUCCACCCUGCUGGGUUCUGAGGCGAACCUGGGCAAGAUCAGUGAUGCCAACCUCAGAGUCGGAAAGGUGCUGAACAGCAUCCUUUUUGAACUGGAAGCAGAUGAGGGAGAGCAGCCCACAGAGUCUGCCCAGCAGCAGGUCACGCCUGAAGCCUUAGAGGUGACCAUGAACACCCCGUUCCUGUUUGCCAUUUACGAGCGAGACUCGGGUGCUCUCCACUUUCUGGGCCGCGUGACCAACCCACUGAACACGGAGUGAGGCCUGCCCACCUCUGGGAGGCGCUGUGUCUGCGAGAGGGCCAGACACCAACUUGUCACCUGCUGCCAGCCUUGAGCCUUUUCCUCCCACCAGUCAGCUGAGAGCUGGGGGAAGCCUUUUCUCCUUGGGAAACACGCUGCUGCGUCUAAUGAGCAGCAGAAACUGCUGGCAUCACCCCCAGGGUCCUCGGGUUUAUCUUGGGGAGCAUGGGGGCGGGUGCUGAGGACCAGGUUUAGCAUAAGACUACUAUUCUGGGAAGAGUUCCAACAGACCAAUCUGUUUGUGAAGGCCAAAAAUGGUUUCCUUUUAAAUUGAGAACAGAAAUUGGGCUUUAACAUUAAAAAAUACAUAUGCCUUGGGUUUAUAUUUAGUUUAUUGAAGUUGAGCAUGACUUGCCUUAGUUGUUUUUUGGUUUCUAGGUUUUUCUUCUCGACCACUAGUCUCGAUACUUGUGCUCUUUUGAAAAACACAUUAUGAAAAAUACCAUCAUCUGAACUUGUAAUAGAAUGUAACUUGUAUUAGAAUGUAAUACCAUGGCUGCUUAUCCCUUGUGUUAUUAAUAAAUGCUUUGUAACAAUGAGUAAAAAGAAAAAUUCCAUCUUUUACUU